AUGCUCGGACUCAAGAGGCAAGCGGAGGAGCCUUCACAAGCCCUGCGCCGCAGCCGCACGGACAACACCCUGCUGCUGCUCGAAGCGGGGGAGACUGGCCACGAGGCGGAGGGAAGCGAGCGACAGGGGCGGGAUGGGGAGGAACCAGGGGAUGCAGCCGCUGGGGAGGCUCAACCGGAGGAACCGCGGCCAGAGGAGACGGCGAACGAGCGGGAAACAGAGGAGGUGCCACAUCUGCAGGCGCCAGAGGUGGAGGAGCCACAGAAGGAGGCGCGGGGGAUGACGGCACCAAGGGUGACAUUGAUGGGGCAGGAGGGGGUGGCGACGCCGAGGGAGACGACUCGGCGGGGACUGAUCACAGUUGCUGAGACGAUGGGAGAGAGGCAGACGGCAGGCACGACGGCCCUGCGCCCGGGUGAUGGUGACCGCGCGUCCGAAGCAAGGGCCCGACGAUCUCCCGCUGGACAGCAGGAGGAUGCCGAGGCGGGGGCAACGACGGAAUGA